AUGGAACCUCUAGCUAUGACAACCAUGACUCUCUACCCACGCCCACAGCUCACGAGUGUAGAAAUGAUGGCCCCAAAGGAGGAACAGCUAAAGUUAGUUUUCAAAAACUUCGACAAAAAUAGAGAUCGCAAACUGUGCAGGGAAGAGCUGAAGGAAGCCUUUAAAUACCUAGGGGCAUAUAUCCCUGAAUGGAGGGCUUGGUGGAGUCUCCACCACGCCGAUGCCAACGACGAUGGAUUCAUCGAUGAGGAUGAGAUGAAUAAACUUGUAAAAUAUGCCGUGAAGUUUGGAUAUACUGUCAAGUAA